AUGAUAAAAAAAGAUUGUAAUGGUCACCAAAUUAAUCAAUGGGCUGCCCGUAAAUCUGCCCAUGAAAUAUUUUGUAAGAUAUGUUCAACUACAAUGAAUGUUACUUUAAAAGGUUUUCAAGCCCUUAAUCAACAUUCUAACAGUAGUAAACAUAAAGAACAUUCUAAAACUAAACUUGCAUUAAAUCAAUUGCGCCUUUCUACCGCUACUACAUCUGAUGACCAACCGCUAGAAGCUACAGUAAAAUCUACUUUGAAGUUAUUUAAUCCUAACGAUUGUGCUAAAAGAGCUGAAUUGAUAUGGGUUAUGAAAAUGGUCACCAGUAACUUCUCAGCAUCAUCAUGCACUGAUAUUGCUUCAAUUUUUAAUUGA